AUGGUGAGGAAUUCUUUCAAAGCUUUGCGCCGUCCCCUCUUGGUUUUGACUUUUGGCUGUGCUCAUAAAGACACUUUAUGCCGCAAUCUUAUCAAUGGCGGAGUGCAAAGAGAAACAAUUGAGCUUCUCAGCACGCAAAGUUCUUCUAAUACCUCCGAACCCCAUACUAUCAACCAUGGAUCCCAAGUCUCUACAAAUGGUCCUGGCGGCUCGGAUCUAGCUCACGAACGAUCAUCCCGGGGUAGUCAUGCGAGACCAUAUGCUUUCCUACCGUACACGAACUCGUAUUCAAAUCUGUCUACUGGCGACGGAACCAAAAUCAACGACUCUGAAUCAGCCAGCAACUCUUCUACCGAUUCAGAAAACGACAGCAUGGACGGCGACGAUGCUGGAGCCCUGCUGGCACACACCACCUCGAAGCCCGUAGUGGAACCAACAGCCACCCGAACAGUUCAGCUUCUGAACCUUGCAGAAGGCACUACUAUUGCAGAUGUCACGUCUAUCGUGAGGGGGGGGCUUAUUGUCAACAUAUAUUUUCGAGCCAGGGAUAACAUGGUUGCCCUGUCCUUUCUCCACUCAAGCGAUGCUCACGCCUUCUAUCAGUAUGUCCAGGCCAACGGACUGUACAUUAAGAAUACAAAGGUUGUCCCUUUUGGCAAGUAA